AUGUCGACCGGAUCUAAAAUAGUGUCAUUUCACCGAAAGACCAAAGACCGGAAUGAUGCUGCAAAGUUUCACCGACAUUACACUUUCGAAAUCAUACCAAAGACAAGCUUAUCCGGAGCCAUGGGUAGAUCCGACAUGGAAGAUGGUUCGAUAGAAAUGAGAGAAUGGAACGAUGCUGAAGUUCGGACUGGGGAAGAAGUUGGUUAUGACUUUGACGAAAGUGACGGUUGGGGAAAGGAGGAUCGUGGACAAUGCAAUUGUAAGGGAUUUGUAUAUUGCCUCAUUGUUACAGCUUUCAUUGGAGCUUGCGUUGGUGUAUACUUUGCUGUCGACAGUGGAUUGAUCGCCCUGCCUGGUGCUGAAGCAGAUUCUGUGGAAGAGAUAGUGGAGAUGAAGAAUUGCAGUCUGGAGCAUCACAUAGAAUGGUAUCAGAAACCUAUUACAACCAAAGAUGGUCAACAAUAUACUGUCAUUGGUCAAAUAGAUCAUGAUCCUACUUCGUUCACUCAAGGAUUGACAUUUGCCAAUGGCGUCAUAUACGAAAGCGUCGGUCUGUUUAAACAAUCCAAGGUCAGAAUACUGGAUCCAAACUCGAAGGAGGGUGACGUCCUAAAGUCAGUCGAUAUGGGUCCAAAACUCUUUGGCGAAGGAAUGACGGUUUGGCACGACAAACUGGUUCAGAUUACUUGGAAAUCAAAACGUGGAUUCAUUUAUGACAUUGAGUCUUUGGAGAUGGUACAGGAUUUUAAAUAUGAGACGACCAACUCGGAGGGAUGGGGUAUCACAUUUGAUUGGUGCAAAGAUGAAUUCAUUGUCACUGAUGGAAGUCCAUACCUUCACUUUUGGGACACUUCUACGUUGGAAGAAACACGAAAGGUCAAGGCUCACAGAUUGAGCGGAGAACCGGCCAAGAACUUGAACGAGAUUGAGUAUUGGAGGGGACGUGUAUUGGCGAAUGUCUGGUUCGAAGAUGUGAUACUCGUCAUUAAUCCAGAUACUGGAGAAACAGAAAAGGAGUAUGACUUUAGCAUGUUGUGGCCAGCAGAUGAACGCCAUCAAGUAGGAGCAGAUGUCUUUAAUGGUAUUUCCAUUUCCGACGACGAGGACAUGCUCUAUGUCACUGGGAAACUGUGGAAUAGAAUUCACUCUGUCAAGCUCAACUAG